GUCGUAGCGUUGAUAAGCGGAGGAAAAGACAGUUGUUUUAAUAUGAUGCAUUGUGUUGCAAAUGGUCAUCAGAUUACUGCAUUGGCAAAUCUGAAACCUCAUAUAGAUUCUCAAAAAGAUGAACUUGAUAGUUUUCUUUAUCAAACGGUUGGUCAUGAUGCAAUUUCGUAUUAUGCCGAAUGUAUGGGCUUGCCCUUAUACAGACGUGAGAUUUUUGGUCGAUCAUUAAUACAAGAGGCGGAUUACAAACUGACUACCGGUGAUGAAACCGAAGACCUGUUUGAAUUAUUGAAAGAGGUUAAAGAAGCAAAUACAGAUAUUCAAGGGGUUUCUGUUGGUGCAAUAUUAUCAAAUUAUCAGCGUCUCAAAUCAACACAUUUGGGCAAAUCUAUUGAAGAUUUAUAUCUUUAUUUGUGUAGUUUGAAUGAAAAAUAUGAUGUUCAUGUAUGUGGUGAAGGAGGUGAAUAUGAGACAUUUACCUUAGAUUGUCCAUUAUUUACCAAGAGGCUACAUGUUGAGGAAAGUGAAAUAAUCAUGCAUUCGGAUAAUGCAUUUGCAGAAGUAGCUUACCUUCGAUUAAAAAAAUUAGUUGUGAUGGAUAAACCGGUCAACACUACUACGAACUUGAUUAAAGUUCCCGCAUGGAGUGAUGGUUUUGAAGAUGUUUUGAGUAGAAUAGAGGUAUUUAAAGGCGAGAAUGUAUUAAAUGCCGUUCCGAAAAUAGACAUUGAUUACAUUCCAGAGAUGAAUAAUGAUUAUAUGGAUCUUUACAGUUUGCAUGUAAACUCACCUUACUUCGCCAUUUCUGGAACAACUGCUUACGGCCAUAAAAAUUCUCAAGCUCGGUUAGAUACGAUUGAAGAAGAAACGCGUGUGUGUAUGAAAAAUCUCGAAGAAAGAUUGGUUAAAUUAGGAUUAAAUUGGACUGAUGUUAUAAAUAUGAAUGUUUUUAUCAAAGAUAUGAAUGAAUUUGGAAGAAUGAAUGUUAUUUAUAAAUCAUUUUUUGAUAUAAACCCGCCAACCAGAACAUGUGUUGGAUGUAAUCUUCCAUCUCCGGCGAAGAUCCAAAUUGAUUUAAUUGCUAUAAAAUUUAGAGAUUAUUCAAACAUCAAACCAAUAAACAAUCAUGCAUAUAUAGCAGGACAGAUAGGCUUAAUUCCUGCAUCGUUAAGAUUUCCAACUCCUCUCAGUGUGCAUUCCCAAACUAUACUUUCAUUAAAAAAUUUAGAAAGAAUCACGUCAGUCUUGGAGCUAGAUGUUUGGAUGUUUUCGGUGGGGUGUAUUUGUUUCGUCGAUGAGGACACUGCUUUUGAAGUUGUGCAAAAAGCUUGGAAGUGUGUUUGUGAAUGGAGGAAGGGUGAUAAUUGCUACAAAGUGCCACCAAGUCUCUACAUUGCUGUACCGUCACUUCCUCGGGAAGCUAAAGUUGAAUGGCAAGUUUUGUUACAUGAUGGAAAAAUAAAUCGUAAAAAUUAUAACGACGAUUUGGAAGAAGGUUCAGGAAUUUUAAACCAUGGACCUAUCGUGUGGGAAGAUACUUUAGACACCAAAGAUUCCCGCAUAAUAAAGAUAACUACAUCGUUUAUAAAUCCUAUACUAAAUAGCAUUAUAACAAUAAGAGUUGAAAAAAGUACCACUCUAACGACUUUAUUAGCCUCAAUAGAACUCGGAUUAUUAAAACUACAUGAUCAAUUUUGCAAAUACAAUAACCUGGAGGAAACAAAUGAUCAAACCAGUACAAUAUUUUGGACCAGCAUAUCUUCUAUCAGAUUUUUUUACUCAGAAAAAAUUGGGGUUGAGGUUACAACUUUGAAAAAAGGUGUAAAAUCAAUGAUGAGUUCUAAAUUCCCUUCAGAUAUAAGACCUGCCAUUACAUUUAUUCCAGUUAUAACUAUUAGUGAAGGUUGUGUAAUGGGUAUUUGUGUUCAAUGUGGUUUCUAA